CUGUGUUCACUAUGUAUAAAUUGAUUCAAAACCAUAAUAAACACCCAUCACAACCUAAUUCCCUUUCUCUUCCCAAUCCCAAUGGUUCUCUUUUGGAAUAUUCAUGUCGUCUUUCUCUCUCUUCUUUUCUCAAUCAUAAGCGCAGAAAACUCUGAAACUACAUAUAUUGUCGGCCUCCAAAAUGACUUGAAACCUUCUGUUUUUUCCGAUGUUGAACACUGGUAUACUGCCACCCUUAACUCCCUCACUGUAACCAACAAUUACCCAUCCAAAACUCACACCCCUUUCCUUCAUGUCUACACAGCCGUUUUCCAUGGCUUCUCUGCUAAGCUCACCAAAACACAGGCUCGCCUCUUGAAAAACCGCCCCGGUGUUCUCGCCGUCUUUCCCGACCGCCUCAGGCAGUUACACACUACUCGGUCGCCUGAGUUUCUGGGGUUGGCCUCCUUUGACCCGGAAUAUGUGCCGUCGAAUCUCUUAUCUGAGUCGGAUUCCGGCUCCGAUGUCAUCGUCGGCGUGUUUGACACGGGUAUUUGGCCGGAACGACGUAGCUUUCACGAUGAAGGCCUUGGACCGGUUCCUUCUCGCUGGAAAGGGGAGUGCGUGGAAGGGCAGAAUUUCACCAAAUUUAACUGCAAUAGAAAGGUUAUUGGAGCUCGAUACUUUAUUGCCGGAUAUGAAGCCGGCACUGGGAGAUUUAACAGCUCCGUUGAUAUAAAAUCUCCGAUAGAUUCAGAUGGUCACGGUACUCACACCGCCUCUACGGUUGCCGGUAGAGCCGUUUCCGAUGCUAAUUUAUUUGGCUUUGCGAAAGGCGUCGCCGUUGGGAUUGCGCCUAAAGCCCGUCUCGCGGCCUAUAAAAUUUGCUGGAAAAAGGGAUGUAUGGACUCCGACAUACUCGCCGCCUUUGAUAAGGCGGUUGAGGACGGAGUAGACGUCAUCUCCAUUUCCGUCGGCGGCGGAGCUUUUAUCUACAAUAUGGACUCCAUCGCCAUUGGCUCUUUCGGAGCUAUGGAAAAAGGUAUUCUCAUUUCUGCUUCCGCCGGUAACGACGGCCCCGGUAGAAUGACGGUGACGAAUUCUGCCCCGUGGAUCACCACCGUCGGCGCGAGCACCAUCGACAGAAAAUUCCCGGCCGAUCUGGUGCUGGGAGAUGGGCAGGUGAUCGCCGGCGCGUCCGUAUACGACGGCGGUCAGGAGAAUACCUCUUUGCCGUUGAUUUACGGCGGGAAUGCCUCCGUGAGCCACGGCGGUAAACGCGGGAGUAGUUUCUUAUCCGCAAGGUGCAUGCCGGAAUCUCUGGACAAAGAUUUAGUCGGCGGGAAGAUAGUGGUGUGCGAUCGCGGCGGGACGGGGCGCGUGGCCAAAGGUGAGGUGGUGAAGAGCGCCGGUGGGGCCGGUGUGGUGAUUGCCAACGUGGCACCCCUAGGCGAAGGCUUGAUCGCAGACGCUCACGUCAUUCCCGGGCUUUCCGUAACGGAAUCAGACGGCAAUCGUGUUCGGGGAUACAUAAACUCCCACCCAAACCCAACCGCCGCCCUGAUUUUCCGGGGCACCGAAAUCGGCGCCAAACCCGCGCCGGUAGUUGCGUCUUUCUCGUCAAGGGGCCCCAGCGGCGAGUCGCUGUACGUUAUCAAACCCGACGUCAUCGCGCCAGGUGUCAACAUCCUGGCGGCUUGGCCGGGUGACGUGGCGCCUACGGAGCUACCCUCCGACACGCGGCGCUCGGAGUUUAACAUUGUUUCAGGAACGUCGAUGUCAUGUCCACAUGUCUCCGGCCUUGCGGCUUUACUCAAAGGGGCCCACCCGGAGUGGUCCCCAGCGAUGAUCCGGUCAGCGCUUAUGACCACCGCCUACGUGGAAGACCAGGAAGGCAAGCCGAUAAUGGACGAGAAAUCCUAUAACGUCUCAACCGUUUGGGACAUGGGAGCCGGACACGUCAACCCGGAAAAAGCCGUCGACCCAGGACUAGUUUACGAUAUUACCCCCAACGAUUACCUCAACUUUCUCUGCUCCUCCAAUUAUACCGCCCAAGAUUUGCGGCAAAUUGCUCGGAAGGCGGUUAAAUGCCCCGGGCCCGGGGAACACCGGAAACCGCCGUGGGAUCUCAACUAUCCGGCGAUUUCGGUAGUGAUCGAUGCUUCCUCGCCGACAUCGACGGUGGUUAGAGCUACGAGGACGGUGACCUAUGUCGGUGAGGGCGCGUCGACGUACAACGUGGCGGUGACGAACCCAAAUGGUGCAGUGGCGAAGGUAACUCCGACCCAACUUGAUUUCACGGCGAAGGAUCAGAAAAAGGAGUACGUUGUUGAGAUUACGGCGGAAAAGUUGGCAGUGACGCCGGGGAAGUCUGUCACUGAGUUGGGAAAGGUGGUAUGGUCUGACGGGAAACGCCAGGUGGUUUCACCUCUGCUUGUAGUCUGGAAAAAAGCCUACUGAUAUAUGGAUUAUCCAUAACUUCUAAAUGAAUAUCAAGUAUUACCAGUUUUAUUAUGCA